AUGGCCUCCAACAUUGACACAUCGGCCCCUCAGCGGCCAGAGUCUCCUACCGGCUCGCCUCGCGGGCCCUCGACCACCUCCCUUCAAGCUGCCGCAACCGUCAAUGCCGGCCUCAACAGAGAGCUCUCCCCACGUAAGCCACAUACUCUCCUCAAACACCGUAUCUUGUCGUUGAACGGCCGCGGUAACACCCACCAAGCACCCGCAGGCUCGUCGACGGGCUCCCUCACUCGUGGUCAGCGGUCGUCGUCCAACGCGGGCCGGCGCCGGUCCAACGUCUUGAUGAACCUGCAGCUGAACAACCCCUCGAUCCCCGGCCCCGGCGAGAUGGUGUCGGAGUCUGGCAUCCCGCAGCAUCACCGGGCUCCAAGUCUGGGGGAGCUGCACCAGGAACUAGAGGCCGAGCAAGAGGCCCAUGUUAACCGCCUGCUGCAGAUGAUUCGCCAGCAGCAGCUCGAGCUUCAGCGGCUCCAAGCCAACAACCCGAACCACAGCAGCGGCCACGGCGCGUCUGCCGAGGACAGCAGCGCCGUGUCCGACCGCCCGGCAGGCCCGUCCUCGCACGGCCCGAGCCCGGCCAUGCCGCUCGGAUCGUACCCUCGCUCGCCCGUGUUCCAUCACCGGCCGUCCCUGGACAUGGCUCGCGCCGACCUCCACCGCCGGUCUAGGACACCGAGCCGCGGAGCGUCCCCGAGACUGCGAUCCACCUCUAUUAGCGCGGAGAGCGGCGACUGGGCCUUGGGCGGACGCGACGAGAGCGCCUUUUACCAGGCGGAGGCGCAGAUGCUCACGCGAGAGAACCAGAUGCUCAAGCAUCGCAUAAACGAUCUACAAAAGCAGCUUAACGAGCUCUCGGCCAGCCAGGGAUCGAACGAGCCGCCCAACCCGUCCGGCCUCGUCAUUGGAGGCGGCGUCGUUGGCAUCGCCGUCGCCCGGCAACUCGCGCGGCGCUCUGGGGGUUCGACCGUGCUGAUCGAGCGCCACCCCGCGCUCGGCACCGAGACGAGCGCGCGCAACAGCGAGGUGAUCCACGCGGGCAUCUACUACGCGCCGGGAAGCCUCAAGGCCCGGCUGUGCGUCCGCGGCAAGCAGCUGCUCUACGAUCUCUGCGCCCGGCACGACGUCGGCCACCGCCGCACCGGCAAGUGGAUCGUCGCGCAGACGCCCGCCCAACGCGCCUCCCUCGAACGCUUCCACGCCGCCUGCCGGGACACUCUCGGCGUGCCCACGCGCUGGGUGUCCGCCGCCGAGGUCGCGCGCGACGGCGAGGGCGUUGUCGCCGCCGAAGGCGCGCUCGACAGCCCCACCACCGGCAUCGUCGACUCCCACGCGCUCAUGGCCUGCCUCGCCGGCUUGCUCGAGGAGGACGGCGGCAUCGUGGCGCUCAACUCGCCCGUCGUCGGCGUGCGGCCGGAAGGCGGUGGCUGGGCGGUGGACGUGCGGGACGGCCCGGAGGGGGAGGCGUCGACGAUCACGGCGGACACGGUGGUCAACGCCGCGGGGCUCGGCGCCGCGCACGUCCACAACAUGAUCGUCGGCCCAGAGCGGCGGGUCACGCUGCGCUACGCAAAGGGCAACUACUUCUCGUACGCGGCGUCGCGACCGGCCGUCUCGCGCCUGAUAUACCCGGUGCCCGAGCCCGGGCUCGGCGGCCUCGGCACGCACUUGACGCUCGACCUGGCCGGCCGCAUGCGCUUCGGCCCGGACGUCGAGUGGGUCGACGGGCCGGACGACCUUGCCGCGCUGAGCACGGACACGCCGCGGGGAGCAUCGCGGCUGCGCGAGGCCGUCGCGGCCAUACGCACGUACUUGCCGGGCAUCGACCCGGACUCCCUCGCGCCGGACUACGCGGGCAUACGGCCGAAGCUGGUCGGGCCGGACCACAAAGGGUUCGUGGACUUUGUGAUCCGCGAGGAGGAUGGGUUCCCCGGAUGGGUCAACCUGCUCGGCAUCGAGAGCCCCGGGCUGACGAGCGCCCUUGCUAUCGCGGAGAGGGUCGAGGAGAUGAUGUACGGCAACGUGAGCGGUGGGUAG